CAUGCUGGCCACGAGCCUCUGCACCAUUGUUGCAUUAACGCCACAUCCCAGCUCAGCAGUACCCACAAUGCGACACGAUGGAAUAUAUCAUCAUCUGGUUCGGAGGGACACCACAUCCGAUUAUGAAGACGAGAAGAACCCAGCAAUGGCCGACACACGUCAGAGCCGACAAUAUCUCCGUGGUGACAAAUCCUUCGCGUUCUACGACUAUCUUCAGGCGCCUUACUUCAGUGGGGGAUACAUGCCCGACAUCCCUUUCAACAGAUACGGCGGAAGCGAAGACGCUAAUGAGAUCUUAGCUAGAACAGAUCCCCUGGACACCAUCAUCCGCCCUAAGACCCCAACCCCAUACCCUGACUCACCAAUCUACUACAUCCGUUUACCCCCAACCCCCUACGUUUUCGUUCCCGGUCUUGGAUAUGUUAGUCAGCCACCGCCACCCCCCACACCACUGUCUUCGCAGAUCAACCCCUUCAUUAAUUUACCGAUAGACUUUAUCGCUAAUGGCAAACCAACCAAUAUAUACCAGUGGUCAGCGGCGCCAGCUCUGGACUCUGGAAUGACCCACCGACCCACUCUUCCUUCUUACCCAUACCCGAAACCCAAACCCGAGUCUUCUGUCAGUAGCCUUAACAAAGGACCUUACGUGUUCAAUGGAAGGCCGAGUGACGUCUAUGUACUGAGAGAUUCUGUAAAUGCAAUGUACUCUGAUGCUUUACAGAAUUUCUAUCCUUAA